GCGUAUCCUCUGAAAAGAUUCGGUCGAUUCAAGUUGUCGAUAUGUUUUCAUUCUACGGAUAGAUUCGGACGGGCUUUCGGAUACGGGAGGCUUCGGCUAGCCGACAUGUUGUGGUACCUAGGUAUCAAGUAUGAACUACGGGUCCGUGGAGAGCCGCGUUAAGACAGUUCAGACUCACUCUGGAUUGUGGAUCCAAUACAUUGUUAUUUAUUAUCUGCUUGGAUUUCAUCCCACCAAGUUGAUAUCUUCAAUAGCACCGUCUGAAGGCUGCGCUGCAUGCUUCAAGCUUGAUGGAACUGUCAACGGAACGAUUGACAUGGUUAAAAGGACAUGCUCCCAUAUUAUUUCCUCAGGCAUAUUGUUUUGCAUGAAAACCUUUCCUCCAAGUCUCAGUAAAGAAAUACAUGCUGGGGGCACCUAGGGACAGCAAAUAUAAGGGAGAGUACACUCCCCAACUUUCAUAAACUCUCUACGUGUACCAGCUGCUCACCUUCGAAAA